CUUGGAAAGUUCAAGUUUGGUUUGUAGCUUAAAUACCGGCCGUACAUCAGGCUAAUUGUUAUUCUUCCAACGUAGAUCAACAUAUUUCCAAUUCGUUCACGAUGCCGUCGUACGUCAUAACUGGGGUCUCCAAGGGACUGGGAUUUGAGCUCCUUCGUCAGGUUUCCAGCGAUGCUAAGAAUACUGUCAUCGGACUCGUACGAGACAAGCCUGCAACUGAGAAGAAGGUAUUCAAGGAGCUCAGCGGCCGGUCUAAUAUCCACAUCUUGCAAGGCGACUUGGAAGACUUGAGUUCACUACAGAAAGCUGCCGGCGAUACCGCCACCAUCACUGGUGGAAGCUUGGACUAUCUGAUCGCCAAUGGAGGCUAUGUACCUCAAUGGGAUGCGUACGACCCAAUUGGGACUCUAGGCAAAAAUCCCAAAAGGAUUGAAGAAGAGCUGACGAAGCUUUACAACACUAAUAUUGUUGGAAAUAUCAAUCUUUACAAUAUGUUCAUGCCACAUAUCAUGAAUGGUAACGUUAAAAAGGUCGUGGCUAUCUCAAGUGGCCUGUCUGACUUGCGUUCCGUGAACGGACUCGAAAUUGAAGGGUCGGCUUUGUAUGCGAUUGUUAAGGCAGGGUUGAAUAUCCUAACCGCAAAGUUCUCAGCGCAAUAUAAGAAAGACGGUGUCCUCUUCUUGAGCAUAUGCCCAGGAAUGGUAGAUGUGGGCCACUAUGACAAUGCAACCUCCAAGCAGUUGGAGGUGAUGAAGGGAAUGGAAGCGAAAUUCAAGGCUGCGAUACCCACUUUCACGGGCGCAUCUACACCCGAGGUGGCCAUAAGAAAUGUAAUUGAAAUUUGGGAGAAAUCCAGCAUCGAGAAUGGGGACGGUGGUACCUUUUUAUCGUCCCGUGGAACUAAGUACGGGUAUUGAGUGACGUUCGUCGUCAUGCUUGCCUGAUUUUGGACUUGAAACUAAAUUGAUAACGGCCUGCCUUCUCAGUAUCCCAGAUCAAUACUACCAUAGUGAAUAUACUGCUUCU